AUGAAAAAGACUGAAGAGGAAAAAUAUCCCAAGUUCAUCGCUAUGUUGAAGAAACUAUCCAUAAAUGUCCUAUUGAUAGAAGCUUUGGAACAGAUGUCUGGGUAUGCGAAAUUCAUGAAAAACUUGGUGACCAAAAAUAAGGCUGUCAAUUUUGAGAAUGAAGAAAAGCUGCAACAUUGUAGUGUUAUUUCUACUAGGUCACUUGUGCAGAAGAAAGAGGAUCCAGGAGCUUUCAGUAUUCCUUGUACCAUUGGGAUUUUACACUUUCUGAAAGCUUUGUGUGACUUGGGGGCCAACAUUAAUUUGAUGCCAUUGUCCAUUUAUAAGAAGUUGGAUUUAGGAGAUCCAAAACUGACUGCGAUGCGUUUACUUAUGGUCGAUAGAACUGUGAAGAGGCCUAUUGGAUUGCUCCAUGAUGUCCUUGUGAAAGUGGAGUCAUUCAUUUUUCCGGUGGACUUUGUGAUAUUAGAUUGUGAGGUUGAUUUUGAGGUUCACAUCAUCUUAGGAAGACUAUUUCUUGCUACUGGGCGUGCAUUGGUAGAUAUGGAGAGAGGGCAGAUGAAGUUUUGA